AUGCAAUCCAAGGAGAUAGUCUCGCUCGCGGUAAUCUCCGAGGAGGUGAUGUUCCUUGGUGCCGUCGACCCACCAGCACUCCUCGAUAAAGACACCCGGGCGGUGGAGAUCUCCAACGAACUAUCGCAGUUUCAGGUGGCUGCAACAAAGCCUUCCAUGACUGCGACACCACCGGCGCGAUCAUCACUACCUGUUCCUCUUGAUGAUCACCACCAAACUAUUGAGAAAAGAAGAGCCAUUGCUGAUGCUCGAAACCGCCAUUGCUGUUAUCACCCCACCACCAUUGUCAAAGGCCACAGUCGUACUCGAGGCAUUGCCAAUCAAUUCGGCGAAAGGUGA